UAAAGACUCGCUGUGAUUGGCGGACUGUACACCGUCUUCAGUUAAGUUCAGAACUGAACUGUUAGAUGUGCAGCUCCAUAGCCACAAAUCGGAACCAAAUCUGAGUACCCAUAGACUCAACGUCACACAGAGCCUUAUUUAUCUGCACAGCGAAAACAACCGAAAUGAGCGGUCGAGGCAGCCGUAAGCGUGGUCGGCCACCAAAGACACCUAACGAGCGGACUUCGGGACGCUUCAAUUACCAGCUGCUCAAAAAGCCAAAGUAUCUCAGCGAAGGAAAGUCCCAGCCUAGCACUCCGUCGGCCUCCAGGGGCAUUUCCCCGCAGAGCGAUGAAGGUAGCCGAAGCAGCCACAACAACCACAACCGCGGAAGUCGCGGAACCGCUGCCAAGAGGGGACGCGGCCGUAAAUCGGCUGUGCAACCCAACACCAGUCACAUCUCCGGACGAAAAGGGUACGAAUCAGAAUAUCACUACGGUUCUGAUUUUGGAGAUUCAGAUGAAGACAAAUCAGAUAAUGAGGAUGACAUGCUUCUGACCCCCAGCGAUGACGAGAGUCUAGAAGCAGCUAACGAGAGCGAAUCGGAAUUCUCUGUAUGUAGCUUUAAUCAAAAUGGAGUUGGUCGGCCUCCACGUCCGCCAAGUCCAGAACCGGUUUGGCUACAGGAAGGGCGGGAAUAUGCAGCGCUUGACCUGCCCGAUUCCUCGGAGGAUCUAGCCAUAGCCAAUAAUCACGUCUUGGCUGCUCUCAGUAUUUAUGAAGUACUGCGUCGCUUUCGCCACUUGGUGCGCCUUUCUCCGUUCCGAUUCGAAGAUUUUUGCGCAGCACUGGCUUGUGAAGAGCAAAGCGCUUUAUUAACGGAUGUCCAUAUAAUGCUGCUAAAGGCGAUCUUAAGGGAAGAGGACGCACAAGGUACACACUUUGGACCCCUAGAUCAAAAGGAUACCGUUAAUAUUAGUCUUUACCUGAUUGACGCUUUAACGUGGCCUGAAGUUUUGCGCAGCUAUGUGGAAAGUGAUAAGACAUUUGAUCGCAAUGUGUUCCAUAUUUUAAGCCGAACUGAAUACCCCUACACGGGCAUUGAAGACCGCCUUGAAGUCCUUCAGUUUUUGGCAGAUCAAUUUCUAACCGCCAAUUCGAUUCGCGAUGUAAUGCUCCAGGAAGGCCCCAUUCACUACGAUGACCAUUGUCGCGUAUGUCACCGACUUGGGGAUUUGUUAUGCUGCGAAACAUGCCCUGCCGUUUAUCACUUGGAAUGUGUAGACCCUCCAAUGAACGACGUACCUACUGAGGAUUGGCAGUGCGGCCUUUGCCGUUCACAUAAGGUCACCGGCGUAAUGGACUGUGUGCUGCAGCAGGAAAAACAAGGCGUGCUAAUCCGACAUGACAGCCUAGGUGUUGAUCGUCAUGGGCGCAAAUAUUGGUUUAUUGCACGUCGUAUUUUUAUCGAAGAUCAGGCAGACUGCUCUUGCUGGUACUACAGUACGACUAGUAAAUUAAAAUUGCUCCUUAACCGACUCGACCCCGAAGAACUAGAAACUCGGCUGCAUAGUCAAUUAACAGAACGCCAAGAAGAAAUCGAGCGCCAAAUGAAAUUAACUGAGACUUUAACUAACGAGCACAAACAUAACAAGCGAAGUUUAAUAGAAAUUGAACAAGAGGCUACUAAGGAAAUAUUUGAAAAAGAGGCAAUCAACAAGGAAUCGAAAUCCGAGAAUCAUUUGCUAGAAGGAACAAAAAAACAGGAAGAAAGCAAAAUGGUAACACGUCAAAAGUCCAAUCAACUUAGCAAUGGGACACUGCAUUUUAAACUUGGCAUGGAGCAAGGUUUUAAAAAUUAUGUUAAUCAGUACUCAACUAAUCCAAUUGCUUUAAACAAACCGCAAAGGAACGAGGAGCGGGAUAAACGACGUCAUCUCUCCCACAAGUUUUCGUUAACAACUGCUUCUGACUUUAAGUGGAUCGGUAUAACUAUGGGAACUACCGAAAACAUGAUAACAACGCUUAGGCAGACGUUGAUCAAUUUUGAGUCCAACAUAUCAGCUUCUUUUUUAAAUACAAACUGGCUGGUUAACAAAAAAAUUUGGAAUGCUGCUGUGAUGAACGCUUGUCGGGCAUCUGAUUUUGCGGCCGUGUUGUUGCUGUUCCAAUCCUCCUUGAAGAGCGUUGUCUUUGCUAACGUCUGGCAUGAGCAACUUGGUCAUACAACUUUACAACGCAUAACUAGUGCCGAACGAGAAGAGAGAAAAAUGGAAAAGCGAGAGAAACGCGAGCGGGAUGAUGAGGAAGAACGUAAUCGCCUAGCAUUUAAUUAUAUAAAAUAUACCCUGGGUUUAAAACAUCAAGUGUGGAAGCAAAAAGGAGAAGAAUAUCGUGUUCAUGGGCAGUGGGGCUGGCUUUGGCUUUCAAGCAGUCGUCGCUGUGGUAUUCGUGCCCGACGAGCCCAACCACUGGCACACAAUAGAGUGUAUGUGCAUUACACCAUGGGAGAGGAAAAUGCCAUAAAUGAGAUUAUAUUAGUCGACCCACGCACUCAACGUUUUAUGCAACAAUGUGAGUCAAGCAAUGUCGAUGGUCAGGUGUGUCAUUACUUACCGGAACAAUACACAAACGUAAAAGUUAUCGAAGAUGUUGAAGGAAAAAUUAAUGGGAACAUCGAUGUCAGCAAGGCGCUAAAUGCUCCAGGGCGUACGUACUACCCAAAAGUUAAUCGCAAAAGUCGAUUAGAUGAUCUGUUAGACCGUCGUAUAAAGUUAGCUGAGGCGGAAAAACAAAUUGCUUCCAAAGCUUCCACCGAUGCUGUGCUAAUUUCGUCUCAACAUAUUCCAGCAAACUGCAAACAAACUUAUCUAGAAAAGCGGUUACUUCGCCUUGCUGAAGUCCCUGCAAAAGGGGGACCUGCAAAUGUUAACUUGGAACUUGUUAAUUCGCUGGCUAAACAAAUCCAAACAGUGCGCUUACAAUUUAGUCAACUAAAUCGUUUUGCUAAGAUUUUUCGUUGUUACACAAAGGAGUGUAAUACAAAUUCAAAUGCUGUAUCCCAAAUUACCCAAAAUACUUGUUACUCGCCAUUGUGUCUUCAAACACGGGCAAAGAAAGAACUUUUGUUGCUGUUACGAAAGGCGCAUACCGCGGGAAAUGGAUCGAAAGAGACUGUUGCCGCUAUACUGGGUGCUGUUAAAAAGCCAUCCAUACUUGAGCAGAAGCUAACUGAGGGUAAGAGAGAGUUCCCACAACUAACAACGGAUGAAUCAGAUGAUGGAAAACAAACGGAAUCCGAAGCGCCGUUGGAUUUACUGCAAGACUGGGAGAAUGCACGUUCGCACGCCAUUCCCUUUAACCAAUCCUUGCUGAGUCAAUGCUUGCUUGUUGAACAAGACUACACAACCAAUGCAAAAAUUAAAGAAGAAGAUGAUCCGAGGGUCAGAAGCAGUGCAACUACUGAUUCUAACACACAAGACUCCGAUAAAAUGGACUAUAUCGAGAGUAUGGAUGUUUGCAGUAAUGUUGAAAUUGAGAGUACCGAAGAAUCUGUUGUAGCUGGCUUGAGUUCAGUUUGUUCAACAGCUAACGUUGAAGAUAUCGAUAUGACACCCGGAUGGCGGCGAAAACGUAACCAAAAAUCUAAAAAAACGUACAUUGGUACUAAAGAUGUGUUAGAUCAGACGUUGGACAAGGAUAUCCCACUCAAUAAACAAAACCGCAGGUUUCCCAUCACUGCACGUCCCGUCAAACGGGAAUGCGUAAAAAAAUAUGACCGGGAGUACUUUGAGAAUGGAACAGAGCGUGUCUAUACAUCUAAUUCACCUCGGGGUCGUGUAUACCUUCUAAAUGAUGCAUCCAAGUUGUACGAAAUAGCUGAAAAAACUGAUGAAAAGCCUACAGCUUCCAAAAGGCCAUCAUACUCACGGUAUCCUCUUAUCUCAAAUUACCUUACUCAUAAAAAGAAACGUAGUUUGUUUGUGCUACCUCGUUUUGAGCUUCUGAAAUUAGCGCGUCUUGGAGGUAAAACAUCCACUAAUGGUUUUCAUCACGCUGCUAAAAAUAAUACAAUCUGGCAAUAUCAAUGCUCGCGUCCCCUCUUUCGAACAUGCUGGUCUUAUCGCACAUCUAAUGCCGCCACCUUAUCCAGCCUAGCACUUCAGCUUCGAAUAUUAUGGUCUUGUCUUCGCUGGGACGAUAUGAUAGCAAAGCCUCCAUCCGCAGAUGGGAAGCAUCAGGUUACGACGGACACAGAAAUUGUCACUUUGGAGCUGUUAAAACUUCGGCAUGCAGGUCGAUAUGGUGAGAAAACCAGUUAUUUGCGGAGAAAAGUUGUCAUCCCACUGGAAAUGCCUAAGACUAUCAGAGAAGUAACAUCAAUAAGAUCUGGACUGCGGAAACGAAAACGCGCUGAGUCUCCCCAGCCAACCGAGCCCCAAAUUAGCGAGGAAUGGGUUGAUGAAGAUAAACUAGAGUUAUGGGAAAUUAAGUUUAUUGGAGAAAAACAGGAAAAGGCACGCCUAUCAGCAGUAACUAGAUCGGUUACUUCUCGCCAACUAGAUACAAAUUGUCCCAGCUCUUCAACUAAUGGAACCCCUGGCGUUGGCCGGGCCCAAUUGGCACCAAAACCGUGUGAAGAUGUUAAGGAAAAAAUGGAACAGCAAUUAAAAUUGCAACGCGCUGUUCAUCAGCAGAGAAGACUGGUUGACGGGGAAGUCCCUCGUUCUGCGACUCCAGUAAAAGGACAAGUUAUUGGCAGUAGACGUGUCAUUGUAAAAAACCCUGAUGGAACAACGCGAAUCAUACAGCAAGCAGUUACACAGGUGUCUCGGUCAGCAUCAGCAAAUACUUUAGCGUCGACAACCGCUUCUCCUACGGGAGCAAGCACGUCUAGCACACAACCUGCGUCAUCUGCGCCCACACCACAUAAGGUUCAAAUUAUUAGAGGACCAGAUGGAAAGGUGAGCGUGCGCGGAUUAAAUCCUGGGCAACAGCUAGUUCAGAUGCCAGAUGGUAAACUGCAUGUGCUGACUACGACCAAUUCAUCAAAUGCAGCUGCGCAAGGGAAUAAAGUAAAGGCUUCAUUUAAGCCUUCAUCAACUUCGUCGUCCCCAGCAACAGCAUCAGCACCGACUACUUCAAACACAGCGACGCCUGUUAUUAAACAAAUUGCAGUUAAACAUGUCGCAAAAAAUUCCGGAGCUCUAGCAUCUCUAGCAUCUUCACAGCGCGUUGCUUUACCACUCGCACAAAUUAAAAACAAAUUAUUGCUGGCUCAACAGCAACAGCAAGCGACAUCAGCAACAACGUCAGGAACAACUACAUCACCGUCCGUUCAAAAGAUAGUGUCUAAAGUGGUAAGCACGAGUUCAUCUGGACAAAAUCUGCAGCAAGUGUUUGUACAGUCCGGCUCAAAAUUGAUGGUAGGACAAAUCGCUCAAGGGCAAAAGGUUAUAAUAUCCACACCGUCCGCACAGCAACAAGGAACGUCACCGGUACAACAGCAGCAACUGGUGCCAUCUCAAGCUCUUUCGCAACACAUUCAACAAUCACCCCAGCAACAAGUUUCAAUAAACCAAGUUGGAAGUCAGCCAACGCAAAAAGUUAUUCAACAAAUUGUUAACACCAGCAACGUGCAACAACAGAUUGUAGUUGGCGGCCAGCGAAUUAUUUUAAGCCCAGGUCAAACCAUAGUCACUCAAAGAAACGUUCCGCAGAGUCAAGCAUUGCAAAUGGUUCAGCAACAAAUUCAAACUCAGCAGCAACAGCACAUUGUUCAACCUCAGCAACAAUUUGUUGUUCAAUCUUCGUUAAGUACACAAACAAAGUUGGUUAAACAGCUUGUUGUUCAACAACCAUCACAAGAAACAAUUGAAGAGAAAGCACAGAUAACUUCUACUGAUGCCAGUGAAUCUGGUACACAGCAAGUUCUCGUUCCAAAUUCAACCCUAGCCCAGCAAUUGGCGCAGGGCAAGCUACAGGUGGCCACUGUAAACGGGCAACAAGUUAUUGUAAAACCAUUGGGAAAUAAUCAGGCGCAAAUUGUAGCGCACAUUAAACACCAAGGCGAUGGAAACGCCCAUAUUGUAACAAACAAUUCAGCCAGUGCAGUGGCACAAACAAGUCCCCAGUGCUCACCGGUUAAGCCACAGCAGGCUCUUUCAUCACAAAGUCCCCAGCAAGUCGUUAUCCAGCAGCAGCAACAGCAGCAGCAACAAAUACCACAGCAAUCGACAACAAAUUAUGACAGUGGCUUAUCCUCUGUCACUCAGCCGGCUGUGGUGGCACAGACUGUCCAGGGACAAGUUCAACAGCAAGCAUUAACGGUUGAAGAGAGCCUUCUUCAAAACCAGCCUCCUGGAACAGUUAUUAAGUGCGUCACCGCUCAAGUAUUGCAAACAGAGCACGGCCCACGUAUAGUAUUGCAAGGCCUUGUAGGAAACGAUUUUACUGCACAACAAUUGCAAUUAGUUCAAACUCAGGUGAAACAGCAGUUAAUGAAGGCUCAAGAGUCAAAUGGCAAACUCGGUGUUCUGGGCCCAACAAAAAUUUACUUGGCAGUACAACCAGAAAGUGCUGUUCAAUCGCAACCACCUCCACUAACCCCAGUCCACCAAUCAGCUACGCAUCAGCAAACCAACAACAUCGAGAACGACGCAACUGCGCUAACAACAUCUUCCGAAGUCAAUCCAACUAUUAGACUUAGUUCCAUAAGCAAUGGCAGUGAGCAGAAGCAUAAUAAAUGUGAAGAAACUGAAAAAUCUAAUAUUACAAUUAACAAACCCUUUGUCGGUACAUCUCCCCUAUUAGAGGGCUUACAUAGUGGAAAGCCAAAAAUUCAAUCCGAAAUCGAGGAAGUCGACUUAGAAAACAAGCAAGGCGGGAGCUUUGUUAUUACAAGCGGCUAUAUACAAGAGUCUAUUUCAAAUGCCCUUAAGCAAGGUGAUCUGAGUCCGGAACUUGAAGAAAAACUAUUCAGUAUGCAGAAAAAACAGGAAAAUGUAAAUUCAAACUGUAUUGAUAAUUGGGAAACAUUUCAUAACAACAGCGAUUCUGUUGAAUGGAAAAUUCGAACAUCUUUAAAACGUCCAAAUGCGAUGACAACCAGUAACCAGUUUAAUCGCUUUUUAAAAAAAAAUCGCAAGCAGAAUCAAGAUCUAGAAGAACUUGGAGAGCAAAAGCAAUUACAGUUGGACAGACAUAAGGAACUGCUCAAAAAAAGUAUUUUGCGUAAACGUUCAUUAUUAGAACGAAACUUACAGAACGAAAUACACCAAGAUGUUCAAACCAAAGUCCAAAGACAUGUUCGCCCAUUAAAUGUCGCUUCCCCAGAAGUACAGAGCGAAAAUGAAAAAAGUGGCGAUCCAAAUAUAGACAUUAAGCGAUCCGACUCAAAUGCGCAGAACAGCAGACAUGGUGUUGGCAGACCAAAGAAGUUGACAAAGAAAAAGGAAAAGUUAUAUUGCAUUUGUCGUACUCCAUAUGAUGAUACAAAGUUUUACGUGGGAUGCGACCUAUGCAGCAAUUGGUUUCAUGGUGACUGUGUCAGUAUUUCAGAAGAAGCUUCCAAAAAUCUUUCGGAAUUUAUUUGCAUUGAUUGCAAAAAGGCGAGAGAAACUCAACAGCUUUAUUGUAGCUGUCGUCAACCAUACGACGAGUCACAAUUUUACAUUUGCUGCGAUAAAUGCCAGGAUUGGUUCCAUGGGCGUUGCGUCGGAAUACUUCAGAGCGAAGCUGAGUUUAUUGAUGAAUAUGUUUGCCCUGAGUGCCAACGGAAAACAGAUGCAAACGCCGCUAAUAUAAAAAAGCUUGCACGUAAUGAAAUCGAAGAGCUUAAAAACGUUAUUAAACAAAUGCAGUUACACAAAAGUGCUUGGCCCUUUAUGGAACCGGUUGAUCCGAAGGAAGCACCUGACUAUUACAAAGUAAUUAAAGAGCCUAUGGAUCUCAAAAAAGUGGAAACCAAACUCGAAUAUAACGCCUACACAAAAUUAUCUGAGUUCAUUGGUGAUAUGACAAAAAUCUUUGAUAACUGCCGUUACUAUAACCCAAAAGAAUCGUCGUUUUAUCAGUGCGCUGAGGCGCUAGAAUCGUAUUUUGUUCAAAAAAUUAAAAAUGUUCGCGAAAAUAUUUUUGGCCAAAGCGAAUAAGAAAAUUAAAACAAACCAUAAAAAUUUAAGAAAAAAUAUUGUAGUUUGUUAAUUUAGCAUCUUACAAUUAAACAGCGAAUGUAACACUUACAUUUACUUUCAAUUAAAAAUGUAGUUUAUGUAUGUAUAAUAAGAUAAUUCAUGUACAUAUUACCCAUAUGAAAACAACUAUUAUUAUUUUUAUUACAGAUCUCUGUAAUAAGAAUCACAUUUUGUGCUUUACAUCAGUCGUUUAAAAAAUUAAAGUAAGCUUUUGAAACAAACGUUUUUGUAUAAGAUAUUAAAAUGGAAAUGUAAAUGUAAAUUUUAAGAUGUGGUUUUGAUUAAUAGUAUGUGAGUAUUUCAACUCCGACUUGCCGAAA